AUGUCAUCUACCAACACCAUUCAGGCGGCGACUCCAACCUCGCUGGCGACCAACAAUUCUUCCGGCUUCGCAGGGAAGUUCCGAUAUGUGAACAAGGAGAAGAAGCUGGCCACUAAUCCUAACCUCUAUCACUUACCACCGCUCUCGGAUUUCAACGAUCCUGUUACCCUUCCUGUUACGGAUAUCCGCCCAUCACUUGCACAAGGCGAUGCCUCGUCGUUCAAGCUCGCCGUCCAUGGUUUCACGGCGCGCCGAGAGCCCUCGGAGCUGCACUCGGCCCCUCACAAGAUCCAAAGCUGGUAUAAUGCGGAGCUCAUCAAGUCCGUUUACAUGCCCGAGUACCAUCGCAACCUGGCCUUGGCAACGGAACCCGUCAUUGAAGCCGAGAACAAAUUGCUCAAGUCUGGCGUUCGGUGGGAAGAGCUCAAACUUCACUAUGGAAAUGGAGACGCCGAGACGGGAAUACCCCGAUUCGCACUGUUCUCUGUCUGGCGAUCACUGAAGACGGUCCGUCGAGAUCCCCUGGCAGUGGCCUCGUGCGCGACAUUCCCCACCUCUGACUACGUCGCCAUCGAUCUCAUCCAGCCCAGCGGCCGAUUCAUCCCUCCUCAUCUGUCUCAAAUCAUCGACCCGAGCAAUCCGCAAGGUGGCAGCUCCGGAGACGAUCACGCCAACGACGACGAGGCUCCUACUCACCUCUCCAACAGCUACUUGGCAUAUGAGCCCAGCGGCGGAAACAGCCAUGAUUGGCACUUCAUCUCCAACCAAGAACCCGAGGACGUUUUAAUCAUACAACUAUUUGACAACGAGAUGGAAGCCCUCGAGGCCGCAAAGCAAGAGAACAAGUCCGAGCCCAGCGUGGGCGGUGUUAUCCACAGCGCAUUCGAGCUGGAGGGUCAAGACGAUAGUGUCGAAGCUAGAGAAAGCCUGGAGGUCAGAGUUGUAGCGAUCUGGUGA